AUGGAGGACGACAACAAGUGGAAAGCCCCUAAAGCCCCGGCGCCCAGAGAGGAAGGAUACACGACAUCUUCCUCGCCAUCGUUCCAGGAGAGAGAAAAGAGUAACGCACCGGACCCAGACGUAACGGUACUAGCGGCACCUGACGCGAAGAACUCAGACGCGGCGGAGACGACAGGCUCAUUAACCUCGGGGGGCACGCUGGCGGACGGAGUUGAGAACAAGGAGUAUAUCACGGGGUACAAGCUCGCGCUCCUGCUGUUCAGCGUCACCACCUUUUUCUUCUUGCUCAUGUUGGACAUGUCAAUCAUCAGCACUGCCGUGCCGCAAAUCACGUCCGAUUUUCACAGUUUGCCGGAUAUCGGAUGGUAUAGCGGCGCCUACCAGUUAGCUGGUGCUACGCUGCAGCCCCUGACGGGAAAGCUGUAUACCCGCGUCAGGGCGAAAUGGGUGUUUCUGUUCUUCUUUUUCAUCUUCGAAGUUGGCUCCCUCAUAUGCGCCGUGUCCCAGUCCUCGGUUAUGUUCAUCAUCGGCCGGGCGGUGGCAGGUAUAGGCAGUUCGGGAUUGCAGAAUGGUGCAUUGACUGUUAUCGCUGGCGCCGCGCCCUUGGAUAAACAGCCGAUGUAUGUGGCCUUCAUGAUGGCUUUUGGCCAGAUUGGUCUUAUUGCCGGACCGUUGAUCGGAGGCGUUUUCACCCAAUACGUCACUUGGAGGUGGUGUUUCUACAUCAAUCUUCCGCUCGGCGGUCUUGCUGGUCUGUUUUUGGCUUGCAUGAACGUACCGGAUCAAACCGUCAAGCCUCAAGUCUCGUUCAAGCUUCUCCGCGAGGUGAUCCCGCAACUUGAUCUCAUCGGCUUCGCAAUCUUCGCCCCCGCCGCCGUCAUGUUCCUGCUAGCUUUGCAGUUCGGCUCAUCCGAGUACCCCUGGAGCUCGUCGACUGUGAUAGGCCUCUUCGUUGGCGCGGGCGUGACCUUCCCGAUUUUCCUGUGGUGGGAGCGCCGCGAGGGCGACAAGGCUAUGAUUCCAUUCUCGAUGGCAGGCAAGCGAAUUGUCUGGGUUAGCGCGAUAUACGGUGCUGCUUUGAUGACGAGUAUCUUCGUGGGCGCUCAAUUCUUUCCGAUCUAUUUUCAAUCGGUUAAGGGUGUAGGCCCAACCAUGAGUGGCGUUGAUAUGCUUCCGAGUAUCUUAUCCAGCGUAGUAUUAAUCCUAAUAUCUGGGGCAUUGGUGUCCAAACUCGGAUAUUACAUCCCAUUGGGGGCAUUUGCUGGAGCUGGUACGGCGGUUGCUGCUGGCAUGAUAUCGAUGUGGGGACCCGAUACCUCAACAGCGUUCUGGAUUGGCACUCAGAUCUUGUACGGAGCUCGUGGUUGCGGCAUACAGAUUGGGCUGGUAGCCCUUCAGAACAACCUUCCAGCUGCGCAGAGCGCAUUAGGUAUCGCAUUUCUGAUCUUCUGCCAAAAUUUCUCUGCGGCGGUCUUUUCCGUGGUUGCGAACACCAUCUUCCAGCAGACGCUACGGAAGCAGAUCGCGAUACUCGCGCCGUCCAUAGACCCGGCCUUGGCCUUGGCCGCGGGCGGCAGCGCGGAAGCGGUACGAGCCUUGGCCCCGCCGGACAGCCCGGAGCUCCGUGGAGUGCUCUUGGCCUUUUCCAAGGCCUUCGACACAACUGCUUACUUGCUGGUUGCUUGCGCUUCUCUGAGCUUCGUGUCGUCUUGGUGGAUGGGUUGGGUCGACGUGAGAAAGAAGAAGCAACCCGAGAAAGGAGAAGCUUAG